CCGACCGCCGGAGGGCUCUUCGGCCCGCCCAUGCCCUCCGAAUCGCCGCUCCUCUCCUCGCCGCCGUCGCCAUGGGGGACCUCGCUUCCACCUGCAAGGAUAAGCUAGCCUACUUCAGGAUCAAGGAGCUCAAAGACGUGCUGAUCCACCUCGCCCUGCCCAAGCACGGAAAGAAGCAGGAUCUCGUCGAUAGGAUCCUCACGCUAGUCUCCGACGACCAAGGCCAGUGGCAUUUUGGGCGGGGCAAGAAAAAUGUUCCGAGCAAGGAGACGGUGGCAGGAGUAGUCGAUGACAUAUACAGGAAGAUGCAAGUUCAUGGUCCUCCUGACCUGUUCCCCCAGAGACAGGUUGCCCCAGAUUUCAGUUACCUCAAACACCAAAAAGAACAAGAGCACCCUGGCCACCUGGUCGCUAAUAACUCUCGCUGCGUCUGUGGUCAAACGUUUCUUCUGGGGAAUCUGGUCAAGUGUGAAGAUUGCCAAGGGCAGCAGCAUGUGGACUGUGUACAGAUCCCAGAGAAGCCUACAGGGAGACCUGAAGUUCCUGCGCAUUUCUAUUGCCAAUUAUGUCGGCUAAAACGAGCAGACCCAUAUUGGGUCACUACUGGAAAUCCAUUGCCACCUGUGAGAUUGAUGUUCUCGAAUGUUGCAAAUGAUGGGUCAGUUUCACAUUAUAGACACCAUAUUUUUUGAUACUCUGGCAAUCGCUACUGGCCUACUAUAAUAUC